ACACACUCACAACACAAACGCCCCAACGCUUGCACUGCCACUGGUCGGCAACGCCCUGCUGCUGCUUGUGUCUGGGUCUUAUCGACCGCCGAUUUAGGCACCGCCCGAGGGGGGGGGGAGAGGCGGGGGCAAGGAGACUGCACAAAGCCGGCAGGGACACAAUCUGCCAACAGAGCUCUGGUGGGUCUCAGCGCGACACCCUCUCUUGAGCAACAAACCAUGGGCAACGUGCAGCCGACCGUGGAAGACUCUCCGGACUUCGACGCUGAACAAGAUGCCAAGGAUCUGUGCAAAGCGUGCAGAGGGAUCGGCACGGACGAAGACGAAAUCAUCUCCAUCCUCGCCAACCGCUCGGCCCGGCAGCGGGAGGAGGUCGAACGAGCGUACAAGUCGAUGUAUGGAAACGACCUGGUGGACGUGCUAAAGGGCGAGCUGCGCGGCGAGCUGGAGACCGUGGUGGUGGCGCUGAUGGACCGGCCGUGCGUGUACGACGCCAAGCUCCUACGCGGCGCAAUGCGGGGCAUCGGCACGGACGAGUCGCUGCUCGUCGAGAUCCUGUGCACGCGGCAGAACGCGAAUAUCAACGCAAUACGCUUGUCUUACAAUGAGAUUUUUGACCGAGACUUAGAGUCGGACUUGUCGAGCGAGACGAGCGGAGACCUCAAGAAUCUUCUCGUGGCACUCGUGCAGGGAGAUCGAGACUCGGAGUCGGACAUCGAUGAAGAUCAGGCGGAGGAGGAUGCGCGGGAACUGCAUGAAGCCGGCGAGGGCAAGUGGGGCACGGAUGAGUUCGUGUUCAACGCGGUGCUCGCCAAGCGAAACUACAUGCAGCUGCGAGCCACGUUCUGCGCGUACGAAAUCCUCCAUGGCAGCGACAUCGAGGAGGUCAUCAAGAGCGAGGCAUCAGGAAUCCUACAGGAGGCUUAUCUGACAAUUGUUCGCUGCGCUAAGGACGCUCAGGCCUACUUUGCAGAAAAGAUCUACCGGUCCAUGAAGGGCGCCGGCACCGACGACGACACUCUCAUCCGCAUCAUCGUCAGCCGGGCUGAGGUGGACCUGGGGACCAUCCGGGAGAAGUUCAACAACGAGUACGGGACUCCGCUCGGAGAGUGGAUCGAUGGCGAGUGCGGCGGGGACUACAAGAAGAUUCUCCUGGCUCUCCUCCGCUAGGGCCGCCGUGGUGGUAUGCAGGUCGUGGGUUCGAUCGCAAUGCCUGUAUGCUUGGAGUUUGCAUGUUUCCCUCCCUCUGUCGCGUGGAUUUUUCUCCGGCUUUUAACUAUUUGACAGCUAUAAAGCUGCAGCCAGAACCUAUCCCUGUCAGCAACCUCCUUGUGAUCUCCGGGUGAAAGGUGCUUUAUAAGUAUAAAUUAUGAUGAUUUUUGAGGCUAUUUGUUCUGCCCCAACGUGUUGCUGCCCCUCCCCCCACCAUCUGCUUGGCGGUGGAGGUCGGCGACGUGGGGGGGGGAUAGCCCCCUUUUCUCCCAACCCCCCCCCCCCCCCCCACUUUGGCACUGCCCAAGCCAGGAGCCAAGGAUGUUCAAUGUUUAUCGCGACGUGUUCACGAUGCAUGCUGGCAUCCUCUGUUGGUGUUGGUGACGUGGUCCGGUGUGUAAUCAACUGUUAAUUCAGAAAGGCAUGCGACUUCCAAUGUGAAAACUGGGUGAAGUAAAAAUUGCGUAUAACGUCGA